AUGGCAUACCCACAGCGCCCAGCGCAGCGACCCCCUCCCAUGAGGAACUAUGGACCUCGUGCGCCCCCCUCAGGGGGGCCGCCGCAGGAUGGAUACUACGACCAGGCGUAUUAUGACCAGGGAUACGACUACCAGUACGCGGACGCCGGUUAUGACGCACCAGGAUAUGGCUACCCCGGGGAUGCCGCCGUUCCUAGGUCGUAUGGCCCACCACGCGGCGCCCCUCGAACUCCUCGUGGAGCCUACCCUCCGGCGGAACAGAACUCCGACCGCAGCUACGCAUACAGUGGACGGCCGCCACCAAACGGCUACGAUGGUCGCCGUGACCGCAGAGGACCUCCUCCGGGAUCAGAGCGCAUGAGACCAGUUCCCCGCGGCCCGCCGACCGAACCAGACAAAAUGUCAUGGGAUAACCCGUUUCCCAUGUUCCCCUCCAAACAACCAAGUGGCCGGUCCAGAGGAAUCGAGGGCGGCAUGGCGAGAAUGGAUCUGAACGGCCCUCCACGCCCGCAUACAUCGAACAGUAGACGACCGGGACCACCUACGGACAGCCGAGGCAGAGGAUAUGGCCCUCCACCCAUGCGAUCGGCGAGUGCUGGACGCCCAACGGCUGGCGCUGGGGGGUAUGAUCGUUCGUAUACCGACCCCGGUGCUGCACCACCUCCGGUACCGCAUAUCAACCGCAGCGCCACGAUGCCGGUGCAUCCGGAUGCGAUGGACGGUCCUAUGGGCAGCUCGAGGUACCCUGGACAGUCGACUUACCAAUACUCCCACCACGAGGAACAUAACGACACCGAAGAUCUCUUGGACAGCUACUACAACUCCGCUCCCACGGAUGAAGCUGACAUGCCCAACUUUGAUGCCAUGCCUGAUACAAAAACCAACCCGAUUGAUGAGAGCUUGCCUGGACUAGAAACGCCGAAACCGAAGAUGUCCAUGGAGUCUGCUCCGUCUGGGAACCAGUACACAGCUUUCAGCCCACGGUCUGCAGACAUCUCUCACUCCAAGUCGCAGCCCAAUAUGAAACCCGGUAGCGCACCAAAUCAGUUCGAGGACGCGGGGUUUCAAUUUGAUCUCCCCGCCCAUGGCGCUGCAGGAGGAGCGUAUUACGGUAUGGGACCUAAUGGGCAUGAAGAUCUGAUGCAGGGGCAGUAUUCUCAGAGACAGGGAAGCCGGGGGGCUACCGUGGAUGGAUACGGGCCCCCUCGCCCGUAUCGGGCGAACCAGCCGGAGUAUAACUCACAGACUCCAAUGGUUAACGAGGCCGAAACAAUGGAUCCGCAGAACCCCGACGCGCUGCCGCAUCACCCUGUUCCAUUCCGUCCAGGCCAUGAUCAAGGUGCUAAGCCCGCUCCUGUCCGUCAAUACACCAGCACUCCGGCUCCUCAGCCUGUAACUCCGCCGAGUGCCCCCGCCACCUCGACUCCUACACCCGUAACUCACGAGGAGCUCCAACGGCUGCAACAGACAGUCAAGGGCAGGCCAUCUGACCAGAAGACUCAGCUUCUGCUGGCUAAGAAACUUGUUGAGGCGUCUGUUGUCCUCGUUGAGAACACACACAUGGACACCAAGACCAAGACCAAGGCCCGGGAGAAAUAUAUUACGGAUGCAUACAAGAUCGUCAAGAAGCUGGCCUCCAGUGGAUAUGCAGAGGCUCAGUUCUAUCUGGCUGACUGUUACGGCCAGGGCCAGCUGGGGCUGCAGAUCGACAACAAGGAGGCUUUCAAUCUCUAUCAUUCUGCUGCUAAAUCCGGCCACGCGCAAUCGGCCUAUCGUGUUGCAGUGUGCUGUGAGAUCGGUGCGGAAGAGGGUGGUGGCACCAAGCGUGAUCCUUUCAAAGCCGUGCAGUGGUACAAGCGCGCCGCGUCCCUGGGCGAUCCUCCGGCCAUGUACAAGAUGGGAAUGAUCUUGCUGAAGGGGCUUUUGGGCCAGGAGAAGAACCCUCGCGAGGGCGUGUCGUGGCUGAAGCGCGCGGCGGAGCGAGCUGAUGUGGAGAACCCCCAUGCUCUGCAUGAGCUGGCGCUGAUGUACGCGAAUGCGGGUCCCAACGAUGUCAUCAUUCGGGACGAGGCUUAUGCGUGCCAACUGUUCCAUCAGGCCGCCGAGCUCGGAUACAAGUUCUCCCAGUUCAGUCUCGGCGCGGCCUAUGAGUAUGGGCUGAUGGGAUGCCCGGUUGACCCCCGCCAAAGUAUCAUCUGGUACACCAAUGCUGCAGCGCAGGGCGAGCAUCAGAGUGAGCUGGCUUUGAGUGGGUGGUAUCUGACGGGGUCGGACGGGAUCCUGCAACAGAACGACACUGAGGCGUAUCUGUGGGCCCGGAAGGCCGCCACAUCGGGUCUCGCAAAGGCCGAGUACGCCAUGGGCUAUUUUACCGAGGUUGGCAUUGGUAUUGCUGCGAACCUGGAUGAUGCGAAGCGAUGGUAUUGGCGAGCAGCAGCCCAGGGAUUCCCGAAAGCGCGCGAGCGUCUCGAGGAGCUCAAGAAAGGCGGAGCUCGGAUGCAGAAGACGCGAUUGUCUCGAUCUGCUGUCAACGGGCAAAAGCAGAAUGAAGGCGACUGUCUUGUUAUGUGA